AGAACACUCACCGGGACAUGGAUAUAGCUGUCAGGCAUUGCACAGCCACCACAUAACCUAGCUUCUGUUCCUGGCGAGUAAAUUUGUUAAGACACCGCAGGACUGUGUCGUUCAUUGAGAACAUGCAUCUAAAUCGCCUUUGCGGUCUUUUCUAUCAGCUGUGCGUUUUGGGCAUGUAUGCCACUGCAGAUACUCAGUCUUCCCAGGACACGGAGUUUGAAAUCGUAUUCCCAGAGUUGUUUCCAGACACAAGUCCACCGCCUCCCGAUAAACCAAAUAUCCGAGAGGCUGACGCCAACGCCGGGAGCAGUUCUCGGGAGGUCCGCUCCAUUUCAAAUUGGGAAAGCUACGAAUCGCAUGACCUAUACCGCCAGGAACGACCAGGACUGCAAACCAAAGCUGAUUCUGGUCUGCGUCUCAAACUCUCUGCCUUUGGAAAAGAUCUGGAACUCAUAUUGAAUCAGGAUACGCGUUUCUUGUCCCAGAAAUUCAUGGUAGAGAAGAGACCGAAAGCACGAAAGGCAUCCCAGCGCAGCCCGCCAGCUUUCUCAUCUGCCAACGCAGAGGCAGCCUGUUAUUACAGCGGGACUGUUCUCAAUUACGCAGGAUCCAUCGCCACAUUCAGCACCUGUGCCGGUCUGAUGGGAUUCAUCCAGCUCGGGGAGGACUUCCUGUUCAUCGAGCCAUGGAACCGCACGCUGGCCGCCACGGGACACGCUCCGCACCGACUGUACCGGCAGAAGCGCUCGCCGGCCAAACAGUCUGCGCCCAAAUACUGUGGAGUCAUCCCUGAGAAGCACAAGGCGAAGAGCAGGAAGCAGCAGGAGACGAGCAGCAGGGGGAAGCGCUACUCCUAUAAGCUGCAGCAGGAGUACAACGUGGAGACGCUGGUGGUGGCCGACCCCGCCAUGGUCAGCUACCACGGGGCCGAGGCGGCCAAGCGCUUCAUCCUCACCGUCAUGAAUAUGGUCUUUAACCUGUUCCAGCACAAGAGCCUUGGAAUACAGAUCAACAUCCGUCUGACCAAGCUGGUACUGCUGUCAGAAACACCAUCGGACAUGUACAUCGGCCACCACGGAGAGAAGAUGCUGGAGAGCUUCUGCAGAUGGCAGCAGGAGGAGUACGGUAGGAAGAGCACCAUGUCCGACUUCAGCUCAAGAUGGAGGGACGACAUCCCUUCCGUCGACUCGGCCAUCUUGAUUACCAGGAAGGAUUUCUGUGUCCAUAAGGAUGAGCCGUGUGAUACAGUCGGUAUUGCGUACCUGAGCGGCAUGUGCAGCGAGAAGAGGAAGUGCAUCCUGGCCGAGGACAACGGCCUCAGUCUAGCCUUCACCAUCGCACACGAGAUGGGACACAACAUGGGAAUGAGCCACGAUAACGACCACCCGGCCUGUGCGGACGGUCUCCACAUCAUGUCUGGCGAGUGGAUCAAGGGACAGAACCCCGGAGACGUGUCCUGGUCCACCUGCAGCCGAGAGGACGUGGAGAAGUUCCUCAGGUCCAAAGCCAGUAGUUGUCUGCUGCAGACUGACCCUCUGAGUCUGAACUCGGUCAUCUUGCCGUCCAAGCUGCCGGGCAUGACCUACACAGCUGACGAGCAGUGCCAGAUCCUCUUCGGACCCUCCGCCUCACACUGCAGCAAGAUGCAGUACGUCAUGUGUUCUGGUCUCUGGUGCCACGUGGAUGCGGAGAAGGACUGCAAAACCAAACUGGACCCUCCCAUGGACGGCACCGAGUGUGACAUCGGAAAGUGGUGCCGUGCAGGGGAGUGUGUGGCGCGCGUGGCCCAGCCGGAGCCCGUGGUGGGGGCCUGGAGCUCCUGGGGGCCCUGGGGAGCCUGCAGUCGAACCUGCAGCAGCGGCGUCAAGGCCAGGCAACGCAAGUGCGAGAGUCCCAGGUCCGGUGGGAAAGGGCAUCAUCAGCAGUGCCCGGGCGUGGGCGUACAGCAUCGGCUUUGUGAGAACCCUGCGUGCCCGCCUGGCACCCCCAGCUUCAGGGAACAGCAGUGCCACACCUUCAACCGCCCAACCCUCAGCUGGCAUGCCGUCAUGGACGAUGAGAGACCCUGCACCCUCUUCUGUUCCUCGUCUGGUAAGGAGCAGCCGACGCUCCUGGCUGAGCGGGUGCUGGACGGCACCUCGUGCGGAACCAUGGAGUCUGGCGUCUGUGCCAACGGGACCUGUCAGAAAGUGGGCUGUGAUGGUAUCUUGGGUUCUCUGGCCCGGGAAGACCACUGUGGCGUCUGCAAUGGGAAUGGGAAGUCCUGUAAGGUCAUCAAAGGGGACUUCAACCAGACUCGAGCAACUGCAGGUUAUGUGGAGGCAGUGGUCAUUCCCAAAGGCGCCCGGCGGAUACGAGUGGUGGAGGAGAAGCCUGCUCAGAGUUACCUAGCGCUGAAGGAUGCGGGUAAGCACUCCAUCAACAGCGACUGGAAGAUCGAACACCCGGGCACGUUCAGCAUCGCUGGCACCACCGUCCACUACGUCCGCAGGGGACUCUGGGAGAAGAUGUCUGCCAAGGGGCCCACCACCUCCCCACUCCACCUCAUGGUGCUGCUGUUCAACGACCAGAGCUAUGGCAUCCACUACGAGUACACCAUCCCCGCGGAGCCAAACCUGGAGCCCAAGGCGCCGGCCGUACCCAAGCCCAGCGAAUUCCUCUUCAUGUGGACCCACGCGGGCUGGGAGGACUGCCAUGUGGUGUGUGGGGGAGGUGAGAGGAAAACUGUGGUUGCAUGCACCAAAAUUGUCAACAAAACCACUAGUGUGGUGGACAGCCGCAAGUGCCGCCACCUGACAAAGCCAGCGCCUCAAGUACGCAAGUGCAACGAACAGCCCUGCCAGACCAGGUGGAUGACCACUGAGUGGACCACGUGCUCUCGUACCUGUGGCAAGGGCUCCCAGAACAGACAGGUGGCCUGCACCCAGCAGCUGGCCAACGGCACGCUGGUUAAGGCCCGGGACCGGGACUGUGCCGGCCCCAAGCCGGCCUCGUCUCAGCGCUGCGAGGGCCAGGACUGCCUGACGGUGUGGGAGGCCGGCGUGUGGUCUGAGUGCUCGGCCAAGUGUGGGAGGGGAGCGCGCCACAGGCUGGUGAAGUGCACUAACCCGCGUAAGAAGUGUGACCUCAGCACGUUGCCCAGGGAGGUGGAGGAGUGUGAGGACUACUCCAAAUGCUACAUCUGGAGGACCGGAGACUGGGCCAAGUGCUCCGUCACCUGUGGCAAGGGGAUGCAGUCGCGGGUCAUCCAGUGCAUGCACAAGAUCACCGGUCGCCAUGGGAACGAGUGUUUCUCUUCGGAGAAGCCGGCGGCCUAUCGCCCCUGCCAACAGCAGCCGUGCAACGAGAAGAUCAACGUCAACACCAUCACCUCGCCACGAUUAGCUGCUCUGACCUUCAAGUGUCUGCGGGACCAGUGGCCGGUGUACUGCAAGGUUAUCCGAGAGAAGAACCUCUGCACGGACAUGCGCUGGUAUCAGCGCUGCUGCGAAACAUGCCGGGACUUUUAUGCACAGAAAAUGCAGCUGCGCAGUUGACGUGUGCUCCCCCACCGCCCCCUCACCCUUGUCCCUA